GUCAUCGCAUCAGCGACAAGACAUGAAGUCACUAGAUUGCUACAAAGGGAAGAGCACAUCAAACAUGCAGGAUCAAAAAUCAAUUACUCCGCCCGCACUACGCAAAGGCGACACCAUCGCUUUCAUCUCUCCAUCUUCUCGAUUAAACACCUUGUUCGCCCAACGAAUCGGAAAAGCCACUUCAUUCUUCCAAUCCCGCGGUUUCCACAUCAAAGUGAUCUUUGACGAAUCUUUCCCUUCCGAUCCUCUAUCAGCCGUAAAACACCGCUGUCACGAACUCCACCUUGCAUUCUCAGACCCAGAUGUCAAAGCAAUAAUCUGCACAAUAGGAGGCCUCACUGCAGAUGAAUUACUACCACAUUUGGACUAUGACUUGAUUAGAAAGAACCCAAAGGUUUUUUGUGGAUAUUCUGAUAUUACAUUGCUGCAUCAUGCUUUGUUGAAGGAGAGUGGAUUGAGGACUUUUUAUGGUCCUGCUGUAAUACCGGAGUUUGGGGAGAGUCCUGAGCCGCUGAGGUUUACGAGGAAGCACUUUUUUGAUAUGGUGAUGAAGACGGUGAAGAGACAGAGUGUACCUAGGUCGCCGGUACAUGUGAUGGAGUUUAAGAAUUGGUUGGCCAGAGAGCCUGACCAGGAGCCUAGAGAACUUGUUCCUGCGCCGGGGUGGAAGUGGUUAAGAGAGGGCAGAGCUGAGGGAAGACUUACUGGAGGCUGUCUGGCUUCCCUGGUGCAAGUUUCUGGCCAAAGACAUCUCGACGACUACAAGGACAAAAUCCUGAUUCUGGAAUUACCCGAGGGAGAACAUCCAGGAGAGCCAUACUUACUUUACGCCGCUAGAACCGCAAUGGCUCAUUUAGAGACUUCUGGUGUUCUAAGGGUCAUUGCUGGAAUGAUUGUUGGACGUCCUUAUAUGUAUGACGAGAAGGCUACUGAGGAUUUUGAGAGGAUGAUUCUGGAUCAGUGCGAUGGUAUGGAGUUUCCGAUUUUGGCGGGUGUGGAUACUGGACAUUCGGAUCCUAUGCUUACUUUGCCUUUGGAUGUUAUGGUGGCACUUGAUUCGAGUGCAGGGGUUGAUGAACAGUUUGUGAUUUUGGAGGAGGCAGUGACAAUGUGAGGAGUGAUGUGAUAAUAGACGAGUAGCAUGUUGAUAGAUGGAUAGUAUAGUAAAUGAGUGACAAGUAAUGAAUGACACGCAGACAGCUCAUGCUACUGAUGAGAAAUGGUGUUUGAUUUGCGACAUAUGGUGCGUGAUGAC